AAUUGUUGAUUGAGAAUUUGAAGAAGCAUCAAUAACAGAAGAUUUCUUAUCCACAAGACACAAUAAAAUCGAAGACUCAACACUGUGACACAACACAAGACAGAAAAGAGUAUCACAAAUCAAAAGCAGGAACCAGAAAAUGGCUACUAUCUUUUCUGGAGGUUCAGUUUCUCCCUUUCUUUUUCACAGCAAUAAGGGCAUGAUAUCAUUUACACCCAAAAGUCCAAUUCUUCAGCUGAAGAGGCCUAUCUCUGCAAAAUCAGUAGCUUCAGUUGGAACUGAGACAUCACUGUCUCCAGCAGUUCAAACCUUCUGGAAGUGGCUUCAGGAAGAAGGUGUUAUCACUGCAAAGACACCUGUGAAAGCUAGUGUGGUUCCAGAAGGUCUAGGAUUGGUUGCCCUCAAAGACAUUUCUAGGAAUGAUGUUGUUUUGCAGGUACCAAAAAGGCUAUGGAUAAAUCCAGAUGCAGUUGAAGCUUCAGAGAUUGGGAAAGUAUGCAGUGAGUUGAAGCCAUGGUUGUCUGUUAUACUCUUUCUCAUAAGAGAGAGGUCAAGGGGUGAUUCUAUUUGGAAGCACUACUUUGGUAUUCUGCCACAGGAAACUGAUUCUACUAUUUAUUGGUCAGAGGAAGAGCUCCAAGAACUUCAAGGUACUCAACUUCUGAACACAACCCUGUCUGUGAAAGAAUAUGUGGAGAAUGAAUGUCUUAAACUGGAAAAAGAAAUCAUUCUCCCUAAUAAGCGGCUUUUUCCUUCUCCUGUAACACUGGAUGACUUCUUCUGGGCAUUUGGGAUGCUCAGAUCAAGAGCAUUUUCUCGCCUUCGCAAUGAAAAUCUAGUUAUAAUUCCACUGGCAGACUUGAUUAACCACAGUGCCAGAGUAACUACAGAUGAUCAUGCUUCUGAAGUUAAAGGACCCGCUGGUCUUUUCUCAUGGGAUUACCUGUUUUCCGUAAGGAGCCCCCUUUCUGUCAAAGCUGGAGAACAGGUAUAUAUCCAAUAUGAUUUAAACAAAAGCAAUGCAGAAUUGGCUUUGGACUACGGUUUCAUUGAACCAAAUGCAGAUCGAAAUGCAUACACCCUGACACUGGAGAUAUCUGAGUCAGACCCUUUUUUUGAUGACAAACUAGACAUUGCUGAGUCCAAUGGUUUUGCUCAGACAGCAUACUUUGAUAUCUUCUACAACCGCCCCCUUCCACCAGGGAUGCUUACAUAUCUGAGACUAGUAGCGCUAGGUGGUACCGAUGCUUUCUUAUUGGAAUCGUUGUUCAGAGACGCCGUCUGGGGUCAUCUUGAGUUGCCAGUGAGCCGUGACAAUGAGGAGCUAUUAUGCAAAGCGGUUCGAGACGCCUGCAAAUCUGCCCUUGCUGGUUAUCAUACAACCAUUGAACAGGAUCGCAAAUUGAAAGAAGAAAAUCUAGAUUACAGGCAUGAAAUAGCAGUUGGAGUCAGAGAAGGAGAAAAGAUGGUCCUGCAGCAAAUUGAUGAGAUCUUCAAGCAGAAAGAAUUGGAACUAGACCAGUUGGAAUAUUAUCAAGAAAGGAGGCUCAAGGAUCUUGGACUUUGCGGCGAAACUGGUGAUGUCCUUGGCGACCUUGGAAAAUUCUUCUAAUAUUGCAAGAAGCAGUUACACCUGUUAAGGACACAUCGUUGUCUGCAUUUCAAAAUAAUGAAAAAACUGCAUACUUGGUAAAUCACAAAAGGAGUCUUCUUCAAUGAACACAUGCCAUGCAUUCAAUCAAUCUUUAAAGAGGAUGAUGGUCACAUUUUUGACUCGGUCCCAGUUAUAACAACCCAAGCUUGUAAAGAGGAAAAUCUAAUGUAAUGAAAUUAUAAAUUACACUUCUGUACUGGUGAUAAUUGAUAAAGCAGUUGACAGUCGUGAUUACAUAGAAAAUGAAAUUUAGAACUCA